ACACUUGUGUGUGUGUUUGGCUGUAUGCAACACAAUAUUUGAGAACGCAAACACUGCGAUCAUUGGUUUAUGUAAAGAUCUUCUGUUGGGGAUCGCUUAGUCGAUUUAACGCAGCUGAAAAACAGCCGAGAUAUGCGCAUCACAGCGCCUUUUAAUCUGAAUCUAUGUCGAUAGUGCCGUUAUUCUGCUAGAACUCGUUACACAGAACGCACUGUGAAUGCGGAAAGUGAAAUCGGAAAUUUCGUUACGCAAAACCGGACAUUUGACACGGAACUUCCGCCACACGUAGACAUAUUUAAUUGUUUCGCGCCGCAAACUAAUCGCAGGUCUUUCGAAUGUUUUUUCUAGUGUUUCGCGUAUAUAUGUUUUUCUUGCAUCUCUUAAAUUCAUAUCGUCGACAAGGUGUCAAGCGAAUGGCUCAACAUUGUUGAAGCGCCAUAGAAGCGAUUCCAUCAUUUCGCGCUUAACGUGGUGUGACUAGUUGAAAGUUUAAUUGCGGCGCUAAAGAGGUGAACGCGCUGAAAACAAGAGUGUCAAGAUACAAUUCGCAACUCGGUAGCGCCACAACAAUCAUCGACACUUCAACGAUGGUCGUGUGAAACGGGUGUGAUGGAUAUGUUAGCUUUGUAGCUAUUUCUACAAAUUUGUGUUUGUAAGAGGUGUUAUUUGAUUGAUCGCAUUCGAUUUCCUAUAAAGAUUAAUUGCGACUGUUGAGUUCUAUUGCAGUGCGCAGAGAAACCUAACACACAAAUUUCAAACAAAUUGUGCGAAGAAUCUCUAACAUCAAAAAAUAAAAAUAAUAAUAAAUUGCCGCAAGUCCACCAAACGCUGAAUCAAUUUUGCCGUCCCGUAUAAAUAGUCGAGAUAUUUUGGGAUCACGAAACUUUUCAACACCUUUAGACAUUUCGCGUGCAACAAGGUACACCAACUAACUUAAAAAAGAAAAAACAGGAAUAUAAAAAAAAAAUAAAGCAAAUGAUACGAAAAGUGUAAUUGGCAAAUUCCGUUUUCGACAUUUUUAUUGUGUUUUCUGUGUGAAAUGAUGUACUCUCAAUUUCAUACUUUAUACACCUUCAUUCGCACCGAAGAGUAAUCGAAAUUUUGUUAUAAUUUGACAAGUGCGCGAAAAACUAAGUGUGAAAAUUAUUCAAAGAAAUCAAUUGAAAUGAAAUCAAAUUAGAUUUAUCAAAUUCCGUUUAAAACAAUUGAAUUGCAAUUGAUUGUUAGAAAGUGUAAGCUGACAAGUGCGACCUGCUAUUUGGGUAAACCAAUUUUUAUUCGUGUUUUACUUUGGAAAUCCUUAGCUUUGUUAUGCAUCAGGCUAUUUAUCGACGACCCGUUACGAAUUUUAUGGGACCCAACGAGUGUGCCAGCGCAAUGGUUUCCACAAUGUCGUUUAUGGAUAACGGUGGUCUCAGUACCAACAUUGCAGAUUAUGGUUGCUACACAACCGAUUAUUGGGCAACCCCAUACACCGGAGGGCUGAGCCCGAUGAAACAGAUCGAAGCCUGCAUACAAACCGCUGGCAAAGAUCGCAGUUCAUAUAAACCGCUGGAGCACAUCGAUGCCAAAAUGACAGAUUUAGAGACGCAGAGCAAUAAUAGUAGUGGUGGCAACAGUAUUAGCAGCAACACGGGCAGCAGUUGUUCAGACAGCAGCAGCAACAACAAUAAUAACAACACUAGUUAUAGCAAUAGCAACGACAAUGGCAACAGCAGUAUUACAACACAAGGCAAAAAAUAUAAGAGCAACAAAAAGGAAGCGACAACAAAUAACAACAACAAUAACAACAAAAGUGAGGAGCCAAUGCAUCCCACGCUAGCACAGGCCGUGGUGGUGCUGGAGACGAAGGCUUUGUGGGAUAAAUUCCAUGAGCAAGGCACUGAGAUGAUUGUCACAAAGACAGGUCGACGCAUGUUUCCAACAUUUCAGGUGCGCAUCGGUGGGCUGGAUCCGCAAGCGACCUAUAUAAUGAUGAUGGACUUUGUGCCAGUCGAUGACAAACGCUAUCGCUAUGCAUUCCACAAUUCAAGUUGGGUAGUCGCUGGCAAAGCAGACCCCAUCUCCCCGCCACGCAUACACGUGCACCCCGAUUCGCCAGCGCCUGGUGCUAAUUGGAUGAAGCAAAUCAUUUUAUUUGACAAACUCAAAUUGACCAAUAAUCAACUGGACGAAAAUGGACAUAUAAUAUUAAAUUCUAUGCACAGAUAUCAGCCACGUUUUCACAUCGUUUACCUGCCACCGAAAAAUAAUUCAUUGGACGAGAAUGAGCAUUCGAGUCACUUCCGCACAUUCAUCUUCCCGGAGACAUCAUUUACUGCCGUCACUGCCUAUCAGAAUCAGCGUGUUACUCAACUGAAAAUUGUCAGUAAUCCCUUCGCCAAAGGUUUCCGAGAUGAUGGAACUAAUGAUGUCACUUCUGGCCCUAUGGGCAUGUCUCAGAUGAGCCAAGAAAGUCAGGCUAGAAUGAAGCAUCACAAUGCUCAGCAUCAUCACCACCACCAGCAGCAACAACAACAGCACAUUCAGCAACAACAAUUGAAGGCCAACAGCAAGGAUGUAAAUUUAGCAGUGGCUGAAUUGGAAAACCAACAGAACGCAUUGAUCUCCGCACAUGUGAUUCAACCAGUAAACGAUUCGCCCAGCGCCCCAAUCACUGCCAAUACAUCACCCGAAUUGCUGAGCUACCAACAAUGUCUGUCCAGUGGCGGCAGCAGCGGCAGCGCAAACGACCAUAUAAGCAAUGGUUUAAUGCCAUCAACCAAUGGAGGUGGUCACCAUCUUCACAAUCAUCAUCACCAUCAUAAUCACGGCCAGCACAGCAUCUCUCCAAAACUGGAUCAUGCCGCCGCAGGCACCAAUACUACGACACCCGCCGGAGUGAGUCCUUACACACAUGCCACAGUGGCCGCUCACAAUGGCACAGGCAGUGCGUCCAAUGCUGGCGGACUUAUGCCCACAGCGCAUGCACAUGCCGCCCACACACAUCACACACACUUAAAUAUGAAUCUCAGUGCCGCCGCCGCCGCUCAGAGCCAGAUGAUGUCGACGGCGGUGACGCAGUCGCCUCAUGUGCCGCACUCACAGGUGAUGGCCGCGAAUAUUUAUUCGUCGAUUGCACAGCCAUAUGCAAGUGAGAACAGCAAUUUCGGUGCGAUCUAUCAUCAUCAGCACUAUCACAGCGGCUAUGGGAAUCCCUAUGAUAAGCUGAAGGUGACGAGCCACAUGCGUCAGUCGCCUGCCACAACGGCUGGCAGCCCAACAGCGAUGGCCACGGCGGCGGCAAACGCUUACGGCAUUAGUAGCUAUCAGUCGUUCUAUGGUUCACCGCAUCAAAUGAUGCGUCCCAACGGCUAUAUUGACUUGGUGCCGAGAUAAAUAUUUUGCUGUGCGCCAUGUACGGUAAUUUCGAACCAGUGAAAUGUUGUUGCAAUAAUUGAAAAGUCAAAUACUAUAUUUUAUUUUUAUACUAAGUGCAAUUAAAUGAGAUUAAUUAAUAAUAUGUAAUAAGUUUUGCUUACACGCAAAUGAAAGUAUUACUUUGUUGAAUUUAUGCAUUGAAAUUUUGCAUAUUUUUUCCACAGUAUCGUAAGUAGUUAAUCCACUUCAAAUCGUGCAACUUAAGCAAUUUUUGUUUAUGAAAUUAGUUAAUUUAUUUGAAUUAUGUGUUUAUCAAAUUUAUAAUUUAUUUUUAGUUAAAUUACCGAGGUAUUAAAUUUUUGCCAUAUGCUGUAUAUUAACGUAGUAGUUUAAGCAAUCAACACUUUAAUUGUAAAUAUCAUAUUUAAAUAAAUUAUGGAAGUGUUAAAUUAAAUAAAUACUCUACUAUAUACU